AACCAUGGCAAGGUGUGGCAGUUGCCUCAACAAAUGACUUGUUUGUACCUAAAUUAGAUCGAUUGCCAUUGUUCGGAACCAGCCAAACGUAGCGAAAGUCAACUUAAUCCUGUGUGUUUUUAGUAAUUUCAAGUUUAACCAAACAAAUAUAUCGUUACGAAAAUGUCUACAACUCCGGGUGGAAAAAGUCCCAGGAAGAAAACUCCACUGCCCUACUUUAUGCAGCGCCCUGAGGAUACGGUUUUGCCCUCGUUUCAAAACCGGCGGACGCUCGCUGACCAUGUGAAGGACAACAUGCUGUGCGCUGGACGACGUUGUUACUUCCAGCGGAUUGUCUACAUCGGACGACACCCACAAGUCUCGGCCAUGACCAUCCGGGACCAAUUCAUGAAGGUUCUGCGGAAGAUGAAUGAGCAGACAGCGCUCGAAAUCAAACUGUUCGGUAUGAUGGUCAACUUCGAAGGGUACUCGAUGCACAUGAUAGAAAGUUCCGAAGAAACCGUUGGCGAGUAUAUGAGAUAUCUGGCCGAAAGUGACCUAUUCGAAACCAGUCGUGUGGUGUUUGUUUAUAAUAAUAUCAAUCAGAGACUGUUCCGGAAGUUGGUGUGGAGAUUCGCCGACUAUCUGAAUGAUCUUCCGCCAAGCGAAAUCGAUAUGAAGGAUGCUAGCAUUGCGCAAAAAACGAUCGAUGCCUUUAUGACGAAAGUUUACACGCUCGCAAAGAUGGUGAGGGCGGAAGAACUGGAUGAGAGAACGGCUUUUAAGUCACUGUAUCUGGACGAGAACUACGAGGAACAUACUCCGGACGCGGUCAUUUUGGAUUACAUCCUAAGCCUGAGGUGUCUGUUCACCAUCCAAGAGUACGGUCAGUUCUACGGAGUGCUUCCGGACGUUUCGACAUUCCGGGAGCGGGUUUGGCCGAUACCCCAGGACUUCACCCCGUACGAUGUAUUUGACGAGGGAAAAUAUCAAAUCAACCUUACAUUCGGUAAUGUGGCGUAAAAGUUUACGGCGAAAGGAAGAAUCAAUAAUAAA